UUGUGAUGGUUACAUGGAGGAUUGGUUUUCCUAUUCCAACCAUUGCUAUUACAUUAGUACUGAAAAGAAAAACUGGACCGAGAGCAAGAUGGCCUGUGCUUCUAAUAAAUCUAGUCUACUUAUUAUAGAAAAUGAUGAAGAAAUGGCAUUAUUGAUGUCCAUAUCAUCUUUUUCAUGGAUUGGUCUCACUCGAAAAAGUACAAGUCAUGAUUGGUUUUGGUUAAAUGGCACACUUUUCAAAAAUAACCUAAGCCACUUCCAAAACCCCAAUCGUAACUGUGGUGUGAUACACUCAGAAGGCUCUGAGGCAGAAGACUGUAAAGAUUCAUAUAUGUACAUUUGUAAGCAUAACAUUUAGUGUUAAAGCACUUGAUCUUCCCGCUCUUCAAGUAUCCAAGAAAUGGAAAUAGUAUGAUGAUUGCAAAACUCCUAUAAACAAAUACAUUAUUUGCUCGACUGGAAACUCCUUGUUAGGAACCCUGGUGGACAAUAUCUGAUGUGCUUCUUCCUCAGCUUAUAUUCACCAGUACAUUUUUCUGUAAUAAAAUAUAACUGUGAGUAUAACACCU